AUGGUGCUUUCAAGCUGUGUGUCUAGUGUUGAGGCAGAUGUGUCAGUGUCAGUGAUGGAGGGAGAUUCAGUCACUCUACUCUCUGGUAUUAAGAAAAACCAAGAAGACAGAAUCAGAUGGUACUGUAAUGACACUCGCAUCGCUCAAAUCAAUGGAGAUCCCAGUAAGACCUGUACAGAUGUUCAGUGUAAUGAAGGAACUGAGAGAUUCAGAGACAGACUGAAGCUGGAUCAUCAGACUGGAUCUCUGACCAUCAGGAACAUCACAACCAAUGACUCUGGAUUUUAUCAACUGAAGAUCUUCAGCAGCAACAGCAUCAGUGAAAAGACCUUCAGUCUUUCUGUCCGUGGUGUUUCUGCUGCUGAACGAGAUAAAAUGAAGAGAAAGUCAGUGAAGGAGGGAGAAUCUGUUACUCUAGAUCCUGGAGUAAUAAAACAACGAAAUCAUGUGAUGACGUGGUAUUUUAAUGACACUCUCAUCGCUGAAAUCACUGGAGAUCCCAACAAGACCUGCACAGACUUUCAUUGUCCUGAGAGGUUCAGAGACAGACUGAAGCUGGAUCGUCAGACUGGAUCUCUGACCAUCAGGAACAUCAGAAUCACAGACUCUGGACUUUAUGAACUAACGAUCAGCAGCAAUAAUCGUCGUCGUCGCCGCCGCAGCAUCAGCAGUGUAAAGAGCUUCGACGUUACUGUCAUUAAUUCAGGUCUGUCUCUGGGUGUUGUAGCAGGUCUGUCUGUUAUUGUUCUUCUGCUGGUGACUGCAGCUGUAGCUCUUGGUGUGAUUUUCUAUCGCUGCAGGAGCUCCAGAGAUGGUCACGAGACUGUGCCGCAGGAACAGGAUUAGUGGGUAACAUGAUUUGUACUGAAGCAUUAUUCCCAUUGAUCCAUCUUUCCCUAAAAUACUGUAGCUAAUGAUCAUCAAGGGGCCAUUGACUCAGAACGGGUUUUUCCAUUCCACCUCGGUACUUUCCGAUUGUUUUUCUGUGUAAUCACAUGCUAGAUAAACG